CUUUAAUUCUCGCGCACGCAGUUCGUGUCACGAGAUCUUGCUACUAAUAGAUCGUUCUAACAGUACGAGUCACAUUUCGACUGGAAUACAAAAAGCCAACAAUACAAAAGGAUCUGACGAAGAAAGCUGCUAGCUCUUCAAUCUUGAGAGCGGAAGAAUGCGCUCGAAUUUUCUUCGCUACGCGUCGUUUGUCUUAGUUCUACUGACAAAGGUGCCUCGUUGCAGUGAGGCCCUCAGAUGUUAUGCGUGUGUAUCUAACAUAUCUUGGGAGGAAUGCAAUGCGAAAAUGGAACUCAUAGACUGUCCUGAUGGGCACGACGAAGUUUGCAUCAAAGAACAUCUAGUGCGUUACAAGGAACUCACUGGAGAUGAAUACGAGGAACUUUUUUCCAGAACUUGUGGUACGGCAGAUUUGUGCACAAACAAAAACUGCGAAAAAUAUGGAGUGCGGUGCGACCCUAAAUGCUGUCAUGAGGAUCUAUGCAAUACAGCUAGCACGGAACUAUCAACUCGAACAAUGUUGGUGACGAGACUGAUGUUCGUGAAUUUAAUCGCCAUAUUUCUUUCAUGAAACCACUCCAACGAAUAUAUCACCUAUUUAAUCCUUUAAAGGAGACUGGGGCAUUUUACCCGUAGGGAAUAAAUUUUCAUUUGUAAAUGGUCAUAGCGGGUACGUCGCGGAUCACUCAACUUAAAGACGUAGGUGUAAAGUUUUAAAACGACUCGCAAUUCUGUACUAAUGUCACUGCAUAUUGCCACUUCUUAAGACCUGUCAGGCUUUAAUCACCGACAAAACAUAUACCGCUAAGUAUUCUUUAUCAGGUCCGCGAGAAGUAUCUUACCACCUCCAACGUUUAAGUCAUCUUUUUCAAGAGACUCCGUUUCUAUGUCAACGAAAGUCCUAAGCUGUUAACGCAAUACACCGUUUCCAGAGAGAAACGGUCACAGGUUUGCUGAAAGCGCCUCAACUCCCAUGCGUUUUUAACUUGAUUCCCAGUACUUUUCAAAAUUAAGUAUCAUUGUUGACCUAUUCAGCAAAGUAGAGGGGAACAUGAAAAGAAGAAAAACUCCCCAGUUGAUUACCUCAACGAAGAAACUGGAAAGAGUGCACAACGAUGAUUCAAAAUGCCUGUCAUUGACAUUAUCAUACCCAGUAGCGGUGCAGUAAAUGCUGUCACUCAGAUUAGAAGCAAAAGUGGUGAUCUGGAUGAGGAAAAGUGCCAAGGCAAUAAAAAAAAUUCAAAGACAGGUUUCCAACAGGAAGAAAACUAUGUCCGGAAAGCCACAGGUUGAAGGUCAUUUCCUUUGUUUUUAAUUUCUGAGAGAAACUUUUCAUAUGAAGAUUGUUUUAGCCUCCAAAUUUAACAACAAUUAAUUUGAAUCAUGCAUGCAAAUAGUCUCUCGUCAAAAGAACCCGGAAAUAGUCCAGCUUACGUUCUGUCCUAAUGAUAAAACCCACCGAAAGUGAACGAAACUUUACCAUAAACCAACAAACUAUCAAUAAAAUGGAUAUAACCUAGUUAAUCUGUUCUUAACCCAUAUGCAAUAGCUUUAUUUAAACAAGAUGUGAACACAGGAAUCCAGAUGGACAGAAGAAAUC